CUCAGUCUCACCCCUUCUCCCAUCCUCUCUCCCCCCUCUCUACCUCUCCCAACACAUAGAACUAAAAAUGAACCUUAAAAGAGUCCCAAGGGUCAUCUUCACCUGCCAAAACUAACACUGCUCAGAGUCCUAUUCAAAAUUAUCAACACUGCAGAAAGUUGAAGAAACUUAUCUGCUGCUCACCCUUUCCUGAGCAAAUUAUUUUCCUUCGUGUGAAAUAACCAAGUCUCAUCCAAUUCCAUCCAACAGCAUUACUAAUAACCAAAACACGAUGCAAAAUAACUAAGGAUGGCACAGGUUGAAACCCGUGGGCAUCUCUGCUCCUCGGAUAACACUGCAUCCCCUCUCACCAGUCCUAACUGUACUGAGUCUGGAGACAGAAACUUUAGGUCUUCACUCGUCCUGUGGGAUCUGCGUGCUCUCUGCUUUCUGAAGGGAAAAGGCUACACAUUUUUAGUAAAACAUACAGUGCCUUUCAUAAAUCAUAAUCUGAGAAGUAUAUUUGUUAUGUCUCCAAUUAGAACAGGAAGAGAAGAAAUAACCUACCAAAAAUCUAACACUUCCUACAGCUCAGGAAAUUGCUCCAUUUACCUCAAAUACAAAUUCUAAUUAACAUACCCAACCAUCAUUCUCAAGUUGUUUCUUAAGUUUGAUCAUUUGCUGCCUAUAUCAAUCCAUCUGAAAGGACACUGCCAAAGUGGGUGAAGCUACUGCUGCUUCAGAAGGAAAAGUUCAUUCAAACAGAAUGACUAAGACAAGACACAAGUCCUAGAUUCCAGACAACACUGCUAACAUUGCACCCCUGCUUCUCUGAUAAGCUUGGUAACAUUAGAAAAAUAUAUGCAUAUGCACUUAUUUAUGUUUAUUUAAAACACGAAAGAUUUUGUACUGGGUUGCUUAAAUGCUCAAAGAAAGAUCAGCAUUUAAUUUUUAAUUUAUUUUCAUAAAACUUGAAUACCUUGCUGAACAUGGUGGCAUGCACCUUUAAUCCCUUCAUUCAGAAGUCUUAGGUAGGGGAUCUCUGAGAGUUAAGGCCAGCUAACUCUACAUAGUGAGCUCUAUGCCAGCCAGGGCUACACAGUGAGACCUGUCUCAAAAACAAGCAAACACCCAAACCUUGAAUGUCCUACUUCAGGACUUUAAAACAAGGUGUGACAUUCUUCCCACCUGCUGUUGACUGUGCUUUCUGCUUUGUUGAUUGACUUGUGUCUUCCACAGUUGUGAGCUAAAAGCAAAAGACAGGCUAAGCUUGUGUUUUCAUGGAGCCUUAACAGCUAGUGUCUCAUUAUGAACCCCAGGCUAGUCUGGAACUUGUUAUGUAAAACAAGCUAACAUGGGACUCCUGGAGAUCUGUGUACCGAAGCGUUCAACUAACAUUGGAUUUCAAGGAUAGUUGGAGAGAUGUGGCACGGUGAAAGACCAACUAUAAAGAAUCCUAGAAAACAUCCCUAUCACUGCCAACACAAGUGGACAUACAAAGAUUACCCCGAGUGUCCAAGAUGGCAUCAGACAGCUCUGAGACUGGCCGGCAUGACACUGGUUUUCUUGGUAGCCACCGUGAUAGGACUUGUCACCCACAUAAGUCAUCUGAGUAUAUCCUUAAGUGAGAAGCAUAAUGAGGGGAUACUUGGUAACAAUGAAACCAGACGUUGUGGCUGUAUGGAUAGCUCUCCUGGGAAACAACAGAACAAAAUAAACUCCACAGCAAAGUCAUGCCCUGAUGACUGGUUCCAGAAACAAGGGAAAUGUUACAAAUUUUACAUGAACUUUAAGUCAUGGACUGACAGUAAAAUAUCCUGUGCAGUAAAUAAAUCACAUCUCUUAGUGAUCCAGGACAAGGCAGAAUUGGAUUUCAUCCAGAGUAAAAUACAUGAUGGAGUUUACUUUUGGAUUGGAUUGAAUGUUCCAGACACGCAGAAAACAUGGACCUGGCUGGAUGGCACACCGCUACACCCACAGCUUGAUAAACAUUAUGACCAACAACAACUUGGAGAAGAAAAGAUUUAUUUGAUUUACACUUCCCGACCAAAUCCAUCAUUGAGAGAAGCCCAGAGAGGAGGAGUUCAAUCAAGCAUAUCAGGAGUUCGAAGGAAGGAACUAAAGCAGAGGUCAUGGAGGAAAUUUGCUUACUGGCUUGCUCUCCAUGGCUUACUCAGUUACCUCUCUUAUACACCCCAGGACCUCCUGCCCAGGGGUGACAACACUUACAGUGGUCUAGGUUCUCCUCCAUCAAUUAUCAAGAAAAUGAUCCAUGAACAGUCUAUGGGCCAUUCUGAUGGAGGAAACUCUUCAGUUGAAGUUCCCUCUUACCAGAUGUGUCAAGUUGAUAGCCAAGAUUAUGUACUGUAGUCAUGAAAUUGUCUUGUCACUUGUUUACCUAAGAUAGCAAAGAUUGGUCUGAAUACUGUGGAACAAAGGCAUGGGGGAUGUUUCUUCACUUAACCCUUCCCUCAGCCCUGUCUGAAACUGGUAUUUCUAUCUUUAGCAUGCUCACAAUAUACCAAAGAGCAGGCUUAUUUUUCUGUUGUUAUUAUUAUUAUUAUUAUUAUCAAGGAAUUUUUUCAAAGCAAGGAAGGAAGGUGUUUUAAAUGUGUGACAUUUGGGAUUUGGGAUUUGGGUCUGGAAGAAAAGGUUAAUAAUUUGAUUUACUUUUUAUUUGCAAAAUAUAUAUUUAUUUAUAAUUGGGGUGUGUGUGUGUGUGUGUGUGGUGCAUGCAUGCACACCACAGUGGUCACGUGAAAGGACAACCAUUAGGAGUGGUUUCUCCUAUGUUGAGGCAGAGUCUCUCUUAUCACUUCUAUUGUGCCGCUCAGCACUCCAGGCCAUCUGGCUCAAAUAUUUGAAAGUUCAUUUCCUGUCUGAACAUUGCAAUAUCUGAAGUCUCUACCUUGGAGCGGAAGGAAAACACAAAACACUGUCAGACUGUGGCAGAGAGUGGGCAUCUGGGGUGGAUCCCAGCCCUUUUGUGAGUCACUAAUGUGUGGGCUUUUCCUCUGCAGAUUUCAAGUCACAGGCCAGGUUGAAGACAAGGCCUGUGACCUGAUAACAAAGAAGGGUGUUUUCUCAGAAAAGUGUUUCAUUCACAAUUAUUGGAUUUGUCAAGAUUCAUGUACAGAGGAUGACAUUUGAAUGACCAUAGCUAUUUCUCUUACUAGAAAAGAAUCAGCUACUAUGGAGAUCUGUAUUUUUCCCCCCAGACAAGUGAAACAAGGUCUCACUAUGUAGCCUUGACUGUUCUGGAACUCAUGUAGACUAGGCUGGCCUCAAAUUCACAGAUAUCCUACUAUCUCUUUCUCUUUAGUGUAUGGUAAUUCUAAUAACGUGUAAAUAUAUGUCUUUAAAUGUGAACAUGCAGUAAGUCUCAUUUGAUUAUUGUGGUCACCUCUUGUCCCUGACACGAUAUCUCAUCAUCAUUCUUGACAGUGGUUACUUUAGAGAAAACCUUUCUCCAAUCCACUCACAUCCUGUGAAAGAUCUCAUUUUAUUUUAGGAAUAAAGGCAACCAGUAGAUGAUUUCUGAAACUUUUUACCACUUUGUAUGCACAACUGGCUGCUUCUUAUUUUUCCUGUGCUUACUGUGAAUAAAGUUGUCUCUCUUUUUUCUGAUUAAAUCAAAUUUGUAGUCUGUAAUUUGAAUUUUGGCAUUUUAAAUUUUUCCUAGGAGACCCCUUCUUUUUUUCCUUCUAUCCCCUUUCUCACACCCUUUCUAUUGUGACCAAACCUACAGGGGCUACAAGAAAACGUUCCUGUAACCCAUGUGGCUUCUGGUUCUUGUUCAGGCUCUCCCACCUUUUUUAAGAAAAACUUCCUGAAAAAUAGGAAGGCAUGUGAUUUCCACUGUCUCCCUCCUCUUUCAAGUUUCCUUAAAACCUGGUUUCUGCUUUACCUGUUUCAGUAAAAUACUUUCAUCAUGCCACCAGCAGCUGACUUCCAGGUCAGUGCAGUGAAGGCUCUCUAGAUUUUUGGAGCUCUCAGCAGCUCUGCUUAAUAUUAACCAACCUUCCAGCUUGAAAUCUUAGCCUGCUGGCUAUGGCACAUUUCUGUCUGUCACUGCAACAUUUCCUGUGUGGGUUUUCUUCUCUGCUCUCUCAAGCAUGGAGAUUCUGCAGAGUUUUGCCUAGGCUCACUAAUACACACAACCGAUGAUUGAACUCAUCGGUUCAAUCAUCAUUCAUAAUGUCAUCAAUUUAUUAUCUCCAUGCCCUCAUUUCCAAACUGGACCUUAUUAAAUGACUGUCAAUUGGACAUGUCUGUAUGGG